CAGAGGAAAGAGUGCUAGUGCGCAUGGGCGGCACGCGGCGCAGGCGCAUGAGCCUCAGGAUGCACUCCGGUUCCCAGCGUGCUUUACGGCGCUCGGCUCUUCUCAGAUCCUCGUUAUGGUGACCGCGGGUGCUGGGGCUGCCCGGCUGCUUGUGCUUUUGCUGGUAGCCGCCGCGGCUCCAAGUAGGGCCCGAGGCAGCGGCUGCCGGGUCGGGUCCGCCGCACGCGGGGCUGGGACUGAUGGUCGUGAAGGUGAGGGCUGUGGUACUGUGGGAUUGCUGCUGGAGCAUUCAUUUGAGAUUGGUGAUGGAGCCAACUUCCAGAAGCGUGGCUCAUUGCUCUGGAACCAGCAGGACGGUACCUUGUCGGCAACACAGCGGCAGCUCAGUGAGGAGGAGCGGGGCCGGCUCCGGGAUGUGGCUGCCGUCAAUGGCCUCUACAGGGUCCGGGUCCCCAGGCGGCCUGGGGUACUUGAUGGUUCAGAAGCUGGCGGCUAUGUGUCUUCCUUUGUCCCAGCGUGCUCCCUGGUGGAGUCUCACCUCUCAGACCAGCUGACCUUGCAUGUGGAUGUGGCUGGCAACGUGGUAGGACUGUCAGUGGUUGCUCACCCUGGGGGCUGCCGGGGCUCUGAGGUGGAGGACGAGGACCUGGAGCUGUUCAACACGUCUGUGCAGCUGCGGCCUCCCGGCACCGCGCCAGGCCCUGAGACUGCGGCCUUCAUUGAGCGCUUGGAGAUGGAGCAGGCCCAGAAGGCCAAGAACCCUCAGGAGCAGAAGUCCUUCUUUGCCAAAUACUGGAUGUACAUCAUUCCAGUUGUGCUGUUCCUCAUGAUGUCUGGAGCACCGGACGCCGGGGGCCAGGGCGGUGGUGGGGGUGGGGGCAGCGGCCGGUGAGAAGCACCUAGAGUCCUCCAGAGCAUCCUGUCCUUGGCCAGUCCAAGAAGGAGUUCCUGUCCCUCUGUCUGCGUAUUGCAUGAACGUGGAAGGCUCUCCCCAGAAGCCUGCAGCCUUCUUGUAGGGCCUUCAUUCUCUCUCCAAGCCUCUCUUUUGGCUGAGAGCCAGGGUGCACCUCCCUGUAGCCACCUCAGGCCCACCAGCUUUCCCGGGUGCUGUGCUACUAUGUCCUGCCAUGUGGCGCUGUGUCCCUUGCUAAACAUGCAGUAGCCCCGCCCUACCCCACUCCACCAUGCAGUUUGGGAACAUGCCAGGUUCUCUCCAGCCUCUGUGCCUUUGUCCCCAUCCCCCAUGCACUCCUCACCGUCACACUUGGAGGCCUCCGCUGCUGGUGGCUGGGUCUGCCUGCCCAGUGUGUUGAAGCCUCCAGCCACUUUCCACGUGGCAUGCUUUGCUCUCUGCCCCAGAACACCAUGGUGACUUCCAGCACCGUCCUUCCUGUCUGAGCACAGCAGCAGGAGAGGAUUGGGGGUCUCCUCGUUAGUCUGUCUCGUCAUUUGUGUGCGUGUUCGGAGAGCCAGGCUUGAGCGGCUACUGCUGACUGUGCACUUGCACGUGUGUGGUCAUGGGCUGUGUGGCCUCAGCUGUGUUGUGUGGCUAUUGAUUAAACUGUCCCCUGAACGGCCACCAUUCAGCUCA